CUUUGCCAGAAGAGGGAGAGAGAGAGAAGGCAAAUGUUCCCCCAGCUGUUUCCUGUCUACAGUGUCUGUGUUUUGUAGAUAAAUGUGAGGAUUUUCUCUAAAUCCCUCUUCUGUUUGCUAAACCUCACUGUCACUGCUAAAUUCAGAGCAGAUAGAGCCUGCGCAAUGGAAUAAAGUCCUCAAAAUUGAAAUGUGACAUUGCUCUCAACAUCUCCCAUCUCUCUGGAUUUCUUCUUGCCUCAUUAUUCCUGCUAACCAAUUCAUUUCCAGACUUUGCACUUCACAAGCAAUGGGAAAAGUCAGCAGUCUUCCAACCCAAUUAUUUAAGUGCUGCUUUUGUGAUUCCUUGAAGGUAAAGGUGCACAUCAUGUCGUCCUCCCACCUCUUCUACCUGGCCCUGUGCUUGCUCACCUUCACCAGCUCCGUCACAGCUGGACCGGAGACACUCUGCGGGGCUGAGCUGGUGGACGCUCUUCAGUUCGUGUGUGGAGACAGGGGCUUUUAUUUCAACAAGCCCACAGGUUAUGGCUCCAACAGUCGGAGGGCAAUUCAGACAGGCAUUGUGGACGAGUGCUGCUUCCGAAGCUGUGAUCUGAGGAGACUGGAGAUGUACUGCGCCCCACUCAAGCCUGCCAAGUCAGCCCGCUCCGUCCGUGCCCAGCGCCACACUGAUGUCCCCAAGGCUCAGAAGUAUCAGCCCCCAACUACCAACAAGAAAAAGAAGUCUCAGAGGAGAAGGAAAGGAAGUACAUUUGAAGAACGCAAGUAGAGGGAAUGCGGGAAAUAAGAGCUACCGAAUGUAGGAAGACCUUCCUGGGGAGUGAAGAAUGACAUCCCAUCGGCAGGAUCCUUUGCUCUGCAUGAAUUACCAGUUAAACACCAGAAUACCCACCAAAAUAUAAGUUUGAUAACAUUUCAAAAGAUGGGCAUUCCCCCCAAUGAAAUACACAAGUAAACAUUUAAAACAUUGUCUUUAGGAGUGAUUGUUAAAAGCUUUGCACCUUUCAAAAAAGGUCCUGGAGUUGGUAGAUUGCUGUUGAUCCUUUAUUACUAAUGUUCUAUAGAGAAAAAAUAUAUGUAUGUAUGUCUGUAUCUAUCUAUCUAUCUAUCUAUCUAUCUAUCUAUCUAUCUAUAUAUAUAUAUCUUAGUCCUUGCCUCUCAAGAGCCACAAAUGCAUGGGUGUUGUCUAGAUCCAGUUGCACUAAAUUUGUCUCUGAAUCUUGGCUGCUGGAGCCAUUCAUUCAGCAGUCUUGUCUAAGUGGUUUAUUAAUUUUUUUUAUUUGCACUUCUUUCUAUGCAACACAGGCUGUUUGUUUUACAGUGUCUGAUUACCUUGUUUGUCUAUCGCUGCCCAUCCUCCUUCAUCCCCAUUAUAUUUGCCCAAAUUUGGCCUCCUCCAUAGCAGCAGCAAGCAGUCAAGUAGCACACCAAUAUUUAACCCACCAGAUUCUAUCUGUGGCACUGGUACAAAAUAUAAAUCAGAUGCAUUUGCUGUAGACACAAAGCUUUAUUUUUCCACAUCUUGCUAAAAAGAAAAUGCAAAUAGUUGCAACUUUGAGGCCAAACGUUCUUAGGUGUAUGUGUUAAGUCUAGAAAGUCUCAAACUCUCAACAGUUCCUUCAAAUGAUGAGUUAGUGUGCGACCUAAUUAGUAACUUCUCUUUGAUUUUUUUCCAUAUAGAGCACUAUGUAAAUUUCACAUAUCAACAUUACAGGAUAUAUCAAAAACAGUAUGUAAAACUCUCUUUUUUUAGUACAAUGGUGCUAUUUUUGUAGUUUGUGAUAUGAAAGAGUCUGGCCUAAAUGGUAAAAGGUGAAAGCAAAACAAUAAAAAAAGGAUGCCUGGAGCCAAAGACACAGAGGGGAGGGGUCCUAAAACUCCAGUACCCCUGAUUACGCCUUCCAAGAGAAACUGAAGACACAAAGUCCACCGAUGCAAAUUUGUUUGGCAAGUCCUGAGCGGAGUGGAAAAAGCAGAAGGUUAGGAAUUUAAUAGUCCUGGUUUCUUCUCACCGAUGAAACAAACAUCUGUCGACUCGGCCGCGGACUCACCACUUUGUGACCUUGGGCAAGUCACUUCACCUCUGUGUGCCUCAGUUUCCUCAUCUGCAAAAUGGGGCAAUAUGCCAUCUACCUACCUCACAGGGGUGGUAUGAGGAUUAAAAAGAUAAAGCUCCAGAUUAUUAUCCUAAAUUGCUACGAGGGUGGAAGGUCAGAGCCCUUGAGUCACUGGGAUGCAAGGAAUUCUAUAAACAGCUCAUUCAGAGCAUAGUGAGAAAACUGAUUAGCCAAAAGCUCCUGACAUGCCAAUUUUUGUCAAUGAAGCUAUCUAAGUAUCCAACUAGCUAGUUGUUAAAAGUUAGCAAUCAGAUGAUCUCUUUUAAAACACUUUUCAAAAUAAGUUAGAAACAUUUGAUUCACAACUUGAUUUUAAAUUCUGCAUCUGGGUUCAUAAAUACAAAGUGAAAAGAGAGAAAUAAAAAGAAAAUAAAGAGAAAAACAAAAAGAUUUCUACCAGCAAAGGGGUGAUUACUCAAUUUGUUAGCACUCACUGAUUUCUAGGCAAUUUCUAGAAAUCCAGUAAUACUUCUUUUAAUAUUAUGAUUCUCCAUUCAUUUUGAACAACAGUUAUUCCAUCUUUAGACGACCUACAAAAGAUGGCCCAAGAUUUCAACUAUUGAAAUAAUAUCUUAUAAAAAGUCACAGUUACUUUCUUUAAUCAAUUUUGCUCUUAUCCUUGGCUAUAUAUAUUAUUAUUUUGUUGUUGCUAUUGUUAAAAUACCCUUGACUAGAGUUUCUAGUUUAUAGGCCAAAAUUUUCUUCAGAGCUAGAAGUUUUCCCUCAUGUCUUCUUAGAAGAAUGGUCCCUAUGAAUGUGUCUUAUCCAUUCAACUAAAAAUUGGUAUGAAGAAAAUCCAAAGUUGAGGGCAGCCCCAUGGUUGAGGGCAGGCCUAAAAAAUGUUUCUGGUCUCCAUAACAAAAUUUUCUUAUUAGAACAAUGAAUCAUCCACCAUUCGGAUCUUUUCUCGGCUUUAGAACUUUUUGGUUGAGAAGCAACCAGGUUUAUUAUUUCAUGCACAUUGUACCCUUCUUAUUCUUGGAAAGUAUAUAUGGAAAACAAACAUUACAUGUUUAGUUUUCAUCCCACUGGUACACCUCAAGAUUCGGAGGCCAGAAAUAAAACAAUUAAAUUAAAUUAAAUUGAAAAAGACUUCCUGGAUCUCAGAAUGUAUGCAAAAAGAAGGCCUAUUUACUGGAUGCCCUGGCUCAGCCAACAAGUAUUUUAACCCUCACUGCACAGUGUUAUUGGAGUUGAGCAUCUCUGGUGUACUGAGUGGUGUUCUAACCACUAUGGACAGAUGUGAAAGGAACUACAAGUCACUUUUGUCCUUCAUCUGUUUCCACACAUAUGGGUUCUGCGGAGUGAGAUGCUCUACUCCUCUUCCCAAGAUGGCACUUCUAAUUUUAUUUCUUGUUCCUAGAAUGCACCUUUUAAAAUCACUGACUCCCAGAGACAUUUUACAUGUAUUCUUCUGCCAACCUAGCUGGAUAGGGUAAUUCUAAGAGUGUCUAUGACUUACUUGAUUCACUUAGCAAUUCUAUUCACAGCCCAGAUACCCCAAUGAGGAAAGCUUAAAUAGACAAAAAGACAUAAUCUUUCUUAACUUUUUCCAACACAUGUCCUCUCCAACUACAUCAUAAAUCAAUGAAUUAAAAAAGUAACUAAUUAUUAUACUAACCCAGUAUCUUAUUUGCAAAUGAAUUAAAACUAGAAGACAAUUUGAUGUAAACUGCAAAAGUCCCUUGGUCUCCAUACACUCCAGCGCUAUGUCCCAGGAUUGACAGAGAGGGAGCACCUAACAUUUCACAACUCAAAACUUCAUAAGCUUUGCUUUAAAUUUUAAAAUGAGGAAAUUUCAGGAUGUUUAUGAAAGAGCCGUACAUACUGGUAGGAAUUAGCUUUCAACGUAUAGGCUUAUUUCUGAUUUAAAUGACAAUACAGAAUACCUAAGUCAAAUUUCUACUCCAGCUCCAGCUUCCCCACAUAGUAUAAUAGCACUAUUUGAACAUUUUAAGAUGAGGAUUCUCCCCUGAAAAAGCUAAUGAAUCUUUCCAUCAGAAUCCACUCUUCUAGACCUAAAAAAAAAACUCUCCCAAUCUCUCUCUCUCUCUCUCUCUCUCUCUCUCUCUCUCUCUCUCUCUCUCUCUCUCUCUCCCCCCCAGAGAGUCCAAUGGAAUACUUAAAAAAUAAUAAUAAUAACUUCCUGGAAAAAGAAGAAAAAAGCCUGGCCACCUUGAGAAUCCUUCCCCUCCUGGGAAUGUCAAUGUUUGUGUAGAUGGAACCAUCUCAUGCACUGUGGCUCCAGGGUUUCCAUUACUACUUCGUGCACUAGUGGGAUUAAAUUGGAGGAUGUAGUACAGUUUUGCUUUCCCAUUUAUUGUUUGGCCAACUAUGCCAACGUGGUGCUAUUGUUUCUUUAAGAAAGUACUUGACUUAAAAAAAGGAAAAAAAAAGAAAAAAGAAAGCAUGGACAUUUUUUUUUUUAAGUGUAAAAACGAUAAUUCUAUAGCUAGGUGGCUUCAUAAAACAGCACCAGGUCUAGUCACCACCGCCUUUCAACUUCUUAUCGCUCACAAGUAGCAGGCUGUUCGCCAAAUUGUGAGUGUGGUGGUGUGGGGCAGAAGAUGGAAAAUUUUUAGAAGCACAAGGAUCCACUCUUUUGUUGGCUCUCAGCAGAAUUAGCACUAUGUCACCCAAUCUGAACACCUGGAUCAAGAGCAUGGAAUAUAAAUGGGGCAAAAAAAAAAAAGACUUUAUAGGAAAAUGGCAGAACUAAAAGGAUGGUUACGUUACUUAUUGAUUUUUUUUUUUUUUUUUUUUUUUUUUUUUUUUUUUGGUGCGUGCUCUCUGCUCUAAAACAGAUAUUCAGCAAGUAGAGAAAUUACAGAGAGAAAAAAUGCAUAAAUUCACCUUCUGAAAAUAGCAUCUGCCCCAUUUCCCUUGAGUAAAUUUUUAGCAUUGGCUGGCUUAUAGAAAAUAUGCUCCCUUCAUCUAAACAUCUCAGAGAGCAAUAGCUCCCAUGAAAAGCAAUCACUAAUCUCACUGGGAAGUGUUGGAAAGUAUUUCUUUAUGAGCUGGGGGUUAUCUAUUGAUAAGGAAAGAGAAGAAUUUAGGAGAAAACAUUGAAAGAAAUGGCUAACAAUCUGUGAAGACUUUUUUUAACUUUAUAUAGUCUUUAUGAAUAUCUUAAUGUUCAAAAAUGACUUGGUUCUUUCUUCUUCUUUUAUAUUGGAAUAGGGGUGAUAAGUUAAACCCAAAUAGACUUUAAAACUAUAGGCUAAAUAGAAUGUACGUUUGACUUGUCAAAACUCUAACCUAAAAUGUUUUUGCUAUUUUUAACCUUAAAAGAUUGUACUAAUAUUCAAGACAGAUCCUGUUAGCGCUCUUCUUUGGAUAAAGCAUUCCCACUCAAAUCACCUGGGCUUUCCCAGCAAUGUUUUCAAAAGAUAAAUCUGACUUAUGCAUCAUUGUGGCAUCAUUGAUUUUAAAAUUUUAAUUUUUUCAAAUAGAAGAAUUGUGAUUCUUUAUGCCCCUCUCCUGCAAUGAUCAGAAAGUCCAGAAACUGAGGAGGCAAAAACAAGAAGAAAAUUUUGUUGGUUCUUUGUUGUUGGUUUGUUUGUUUGUUUUCAAUGCUAGUGUUUAAUCCUAUAAUACAUAUUUGCUUAUCAAUAUUUUAAUAUUCUAAAAUAUUUUCCUGUUAGGUAUUAGAAACUGAUGCAUAGAUAUCUUUUUUGUAUGAUUUCUAUUUUUUUUUUUUUAAAAAAAAAAGGAGAUGAGAAGACUGUCUGAAGCUUUGAGUGCGUAUGG